AUGUGGGAAGAAGGGAUACCACAGAUGCAGGCUGGGCUGAGUGAGGGAAGUUCCGCAGAAAGAGGAGGCCCCAGAGCAGGACUUGGCCCUGCAUCUGCCUGUUUUCAUCUCACUUUGGAGGGAGCUGGUCAGAAACCCUUGGAGGAACUCUUGUGUCCAAAAGCGCAAACUACUGCUAUGGGGACCAGAUGGACAAAAGUGAUAAAGAUGAGACCGAAAAGCCAGGGAGCUCUGGGAGAGGGAGCUAAUCGGAUUGGGGCCUUACAAGAACUUCAGAAUGGCUUAGGGAGCUCCUUCCUCAUACCCAGAAGCUGCCUUUUGGAAAAAGAAGCAGGCAUGUACCUGGGCACUCUCAGGAACCCCGCGGGAGGCGGCACUGCCGGGACUGGCGGCACUGGGGGCGGUGGGAGUCUCCUGCCAGCCUCCAACUUCACAGCAGUCCCUGCCUAUGCGCACUUCAUGGGGUAUCCCCAUAUGCCCAGCAUGGAUUCUCACGGGUCGUCGCUGGGGGGCUGGGGUUCGCCCUAUAGUCCCCCUCGAGAAGACUGGAAUGCUUACCCUGGGUCGUCCAGUACAAUGGGCACUGUGCCCGUGAACAACAUGACCUCGAGCCCUGCCGCUUUUGGCUCCUCAGAAUACAACUUGGGUCCUGUGGGAGGAGGAAGCAGCAGUGGCAGCCUGCCAGCCCGAGGCAGCGGGUCACUGUUCCCCGUAGACACCGACGCCGCGGAUGCCAGAUCUUCUAACAGAAGCCUUCACAGCCCUUAUGCGUGGAUGCGCAAGACUGUGCAGGUUACGGGGAAAACCAGGACAAAAGAAAAGUAUCGUGUGGUUUACACAGAUCAUCAGAGAUUGGAGCUAGAGAAGGAAUUCCACUGCAAUAGAUACAUCACCAUUCGGAGAAAAUCAGAACUAGCAGUCAACCUGGGCCUUUCUGAAAGACAGGUGAAAAUCUGGUUUCAGAAUCGCAGAGCCAAGGAGAGAAAGAUGAUCAAAAAGAAAAUCUCCCAGUUUGAGAACAGUGGAGGCUCAGUGCAAAGUGACUCUGGUUCCAUCAGCCCUGGGGAACUCCCUAACACUUUUUUCACCACCCCAUCUGCUGUUUGUAGAUUUCAACCUAUUGAGAUACAGCAGGUCGUAGUCUCUGAAUGA